UUCUUUCCUUAUCCUGUUGUUCUGCUGGGUUUUUCCCAGGAAAAUCCUAGCCCUUUUUCUUUUCUUUCCUCUAUGGAAGUCAGUUUUGAAAUUGAAUAUUGAUCUUCUCUGGGGUUUUGGUGUUUGAAUCUUGGGGUUUAGACUUUAGAGUGUGUACUGAAAAACCCACGAGGUCAAGUUCUUGAAAGAUUUGAUCUUGAGAGCAAAGAUUUCAUCUUUUUUGAGACUUUCCAAUCUUGAAACUUGAUGCUGCAUCUUUUGUUUUUGAUGUUUGACAUUCAUGUCUCCAGUUCUUAGUGAAAUCCUCCGUUCCGGGUUUAUGGUCAAUUCCUCACUGAGACGCAGGACCCAUCUUGUUCAAUCUUUCUCUGUUGUGUUCCUCUACUGGUUCUAUGUUUUUUCAUAAAUCGUCUCUCAGAAUUGCUUAGAGUUAUAUACUAAUAUAUCAUAUAUUAUAUAGAAAUAAGUCAAGAACCACCUUGAUCUUGGUUAGCUUAACAUAACUAGUAUCUGGUCCUGUUGUCCCCAAGGUAAGGUUUUACCAUCAAAAUCUAAGUCUGUUUUUGAAGUUUUAGUUCUUUUAGUGUGAAUAUAGUAUGGCUUCUUCAAGUGGGAACUCCAAUUCUCCAAGCUCCACUCAGCCUCAAAACUCUGGCUCUGAAGAGGACUUGCAGCUCCUGAUGGAUCAAAAGAAGAGGAAGAGAAUGCAAUCCAAUCGUGAAUCAGCUAGAAGAUCCAGGAUGAGGAGACAGAAGCAUCUGGAUGAUUUAGUGGCCCAAGCGUCUCAGCUGAGGAAGGAUAACAACCAAAUCCUUUCAAACAUCAACCUCACCACUCAGCACUAUGGGAACGUUGAGGCUGAGAACUCCAUUUUAAGCGCUCAGGUAAUGGAACUGAGCCAAAGACUGGACUCCCUAAAUGAGAUCCUCUCUUUUAUCAACACAAGCAAUUGGCUCUAUGAAAAUGAGGGCUUUGAACAAAGUUUUGACAGCUUCAUGAACCCUCUCAGUAUGCCAUAUCUUAGUCAACCAAUCAUGGCCUCUGCAGACAUGUUCCAGUAUUGAUAAUGUGGGAAUGGCCAAUUCAUGGUUGUUCUUUCUCACAUGGAGUCUGAUAAAUAAGUGGAGUAGAAUGGAGGGGUUCUUUCAUCUAAAUAUUUUUAAUUUUAUCAUGAUAUUAUGAAGCUUAUUAGAGGCCACAUGAUCUGCCUCUAAUAGAAUGGGCAACUUGGCAGUUAUUCAGAGCCACUUGGCAAGAAGAAACUGAUGAAUUAAUUAGGUACUGGUAUUUGUAGAUGGGGUUUCAACAUAUAUAUAAAAAAAUGGUGUGUAAGGGGUUUGGAUGUAUGUCAUCUCUCUGUCUAUAUAAAUAUAUAUUAAUCUC